UUGGCAAUCGACACAAGUACAACUACGUGGCUGCCGCUGUUUAGAAAAUAGUCGUCAAUUUCCACGCAAGAUAGCGAAAAAAAAAUCGAGUUAAACAAAGACGCCAGAAUGCAAGAAACGGUUGCCAAAGUACUGUUAACAUUAUGUGGCCUAUUACUCCUAUCAAGAGGCAGCCAGGCCUUUAUCGUUAGUGUUGAUGCGCACAAUGAGGAAUGUUUCUUCGAGAAUAUCGAAGGUGGCACGAAAUUCGGCGUUACGUUUGAGGUGAUCGAAGGCGGCUUUCUGGAUGUGGACAUCAAAGUAACCGGACCCGAUCAGCACAUCAUGCACGAAAGCGAAAAGGAAUCGUCGGGUAAAUACACGUUCGUUGCGCCCACUAAGGGCGUGUACACCGUGUGCUUCAACAACGAGCGCAGCAGCAUGACACCCAAGCUGGUCAUGUUCUCCAUUGAGAUGGGCGACUCACCGCAGCGCUUGCCCGGCGCACCCGGCGAGGAGGAGGUGGGCCACACCAAACUAGAGGACAUGAUCCGUGAGCUCUCCGGCACGCUGACCAGCGUCAAGCACGAGCAGGAAUACAUGCACGUGCGCGACAAAAUCCAUCGAUCCGUCAAUGAGAGCACCAACUCGCGUGUUGUCUUGUGGUCCACCUUUGAGGCCUUGGUCCUAGUCCUGAUGACAGUCGGCCAGGUGUAUUACCUGAAGCGCUUCUUCGAGGUCAAGCGCGUGGUGUAAUACCAGCUACUCCUCCUCGUCCUCGUUUUUGCGUGUAUAGAGCGAAUGUGUUGCAGUCUCAGCCUAAUUUUAAUACAAAUUAUUAAAUACUUUUUUUCGUAAAAAACAUUAAGCAACAUGCUAACCAUUCAA